AUGUUGUUCGACCUCUCCAGGACCUGCCUGACCCUCUUCGUGGUCGCGUGCGCCGUGCUCGGGGUCCAGGGGAAGCUGCAACCGAUCAAACCAGGGUGCAGAUACGAGGGGCGGCGGUACCAGGAAGGGGAGGCCGUCGCCACGUCGGAGGCCUGUCUCCAGUGCCAAUGCCUCGACGGCUCGCUGCGAUGUCGUCUUCGAGUCUGUCCACGUUUCCCGAAUCCGCCGCCCUCGGGAUGUCACGCGCGAUCCCUGGGAGAGAAUUUCUGCUGUGCGGAGCUGGUCUGCGGGAAGUCACGCGACCUCGAUGCUUCUCGCAGAACGGACGACACUACCGAGGAUAACGGCUGCUUUUACGACGGCGUCCAUUACGGUCCCGGCUCCGCCAUGAUGGGAGCGAGACGAUGCGAGUACUGCUACUGCAUUUUCGGAACUCGGAGGUGCAUCCGCCCGAAAUGUCUCCUACCGCUUCCGGGAUGCACUCCACUCUACACUCCACAUUCUUGCUGUCCCGUCUCCUACAAUUGCACCCAUGCCGACGCCUCGACUUCGCUGGCCUCCACUCCCGGAAAUGGAUGCCGAUUGGGGGAGCGGUUCUACGAGGAGGGCGAAAUGGUACGCGAUAUCGCUACGAAGGCUGCAUGCGACAACUGCUUUUGUGCAAUGGGAUCCGUGCGAUGCGUGCCCCUCGCCUGUGCACCGCCUCUUCACGGUUGUACGCCGAUCGUGCGCGAAGGACAAUGCUGCCCAUCGACCUACAACUGCAGUGGCAGCAUCGAGGUCAAAGCCACGCAGAAUUACGCGUCCUACGCGUUCAUCAGCAAGGACUACGCGAAAUUCAGGAAGGAGACCAACUUCUUCGCCGUGGAAGAGAAUUCCACCACCGCCGUCGAGGGUCGAGGUCACCGGGUGGUGGACAGGAACGUCUCCAGGGUGGACAACCGGACUACCACGGCGCGCUGGAGCACGACCCUUGAAGAGUCCUCCACCUUCACCUCCGACCUGACCUCGGCGACGUCGCUCUUCGAAACCGAGACCAUGGACAACGAAAUCCUCCCGGAGACCACCUUCUUGGAGAACCUGAAGACCACCGCGACCCUCGUCAGCCGCACCGAGUCGACGACUUCUGCGGAGGCGACGAGUCUUGACGGAUCGACCGCGCCGGACGCUUCCGAGUCUGCAACUCCGUUAAUGGAUUCGACGGACACCUCGACGGCCACGGACGUGACCACUGAUUCCACGGAGCCGACCGUCCUCGAGGAGAGGCUGGGCAUCGAGUUUGCCGAAAAUUACGCUGAGAAUGGCACCUCUUCGGCAAGUCCUUCGGGGUCCACUUCGGGGUCCACUUCGGGGUCCACUUCGGCCUCGCCGGUCGCCAACGGGUCCGACUCGGAGAAGGACACCGGUUCGCAGGACCUGUCCCUGGUGUCCAUCAAAGGUCCUGCGACCGGUUCUCCCACGACCAUUGUCAUUCCCGACGAUGUUCUGGUCAUGAACGUUACCGUCAGGACCAACGUCUCGGUGGGUAGCCUCCACGGAGUGACCAUCAAUCCGAUAAGGUCCAUCUCGGCGGAUGUGGAGGCCAUCUUGAACAUAACUCAUCGCGAGAAAGGGGAAGAUUAUGACUUCGAUUACAGCGAGCCAACUUUGCCUCCGUCUUUGCCGAACGUUAGGAUAAUACCGUUCGUCGCUGCCGAUGCUCUGGUUAAGGACGAUAAGGAGAUACCCUCUGCCGUGACCGGGUACUCUUCAGGGUCCGUGGGGUUGGCUCCAGAAUUGCAUCCUACGGAUAGUUCCAAUUUUUAUAACGUCCCUACCCAAGCCAAUCGAUUUAGUCCUCCUGUGGAAACCGAGGGUGGUUUCGUUCCAAGGCAACCGCCAUACUUCGAGGCACCUUUCCAUUCCACCGCUCUUAAUCUGGAAAUUGGCACCGGGGUUACGGUUUUGCCCGAUACGAAUACAAACCCCCAUAGGAAGGAGGACCGCUUGAACAGCGAUUGUCUCUUCGAGAACCGGAAGUACCAUCACGGGGCUAUCUUGCCGAACGAUAAUGGAUGCAUCAUCUGCUUUUGCUACAACGGCGAGGUAGCUUGCUCCGAGAAAUGUCCGCCUCUAAAAAUCGGAUGCACGAGGAUCGCCAGCGAUAAGGGAUGCUGCGGCGAGGUCGUGUGUGUUCAUGCCGAAGAGUCGCCAACGGUGGUGCUGGACCGAGCGGAUGCAGCUGCGUCGUCCCAGCGACAGCCCAUUGCCGCCGUCGACGGCGUCGCGUCUCCGGAUCCAUUUCGAGACGUCAUCAAGACGGAGCCGGCUCCCGACCUGCCGUCCCUGAUCGAGGACAUGAUACCUUAUCUGGUGGAGCAUGGGAUUUCGACGCCCACGCCGACGACACCUAUGACGACGUCCUCCACGAGGGACGUGGAAGGAUUCGAGACGAACCACCGGCAGGAUUUCGUGGACUUCAUGGAGGAGAUCCCUCUGAUCCAUGGUCCUCCUUAUGAGUACCUUGAAGAGGGCCUGCAGACCAUCUCGGGGCAGAAGGAGGGACCCUACUUCGUCGUGGAGGGUAAAAACCCUGAGCCAGUAAAGUACUACCCUGAAGACGUCGAAAAAAAAGACCCGAUGCACUUUGCGAAGGACCCUUUUGGGGGUGAAAAAGAGAUGAACGCUUCAGAGUACUCCUAUAACGCCUACAACAAGGAGAAUUUGACCAGGCCGAACCACGCCUCUCCUGGAUUGGUACCCUCAAAUGGGUCAGAGUCCAUCUCUUCGGCUUCAAAAAGUGGUCCCACUAAUUGCACCUCCGUACCCGAGCAGGUCAUGAACGGUUCCUUGUUCCGCGACCAGGGCCAAAAGGAAGGAGGGUCGACUUCGGAGGAACUCUUCAAGGUACCGGAAAAAUCCGGUGACGGGUCCUUGCUCUCCUUCGACAAGGUUCUGGACCUCUUGUUCUCUGGAUCGACCACCUUGAAGUCUAUGGUCGCAGGAAAGGGACCCUCCAAGACUUCUUCCUCGGCGUCUCCUCUGAUACAGGUCACCAGCAUCUCGCCUGGUCCCGGGGUCGCAGGUUCGACGGAUGAUACCGUGGUUGCCAAAAAUGUCCCUAAUACGUCCGAGUCCCUAGAUAGGAAUAAAAUCUGGGAGGCUGCUAUCGGGACCAGCUCCACGUCCAAGACGAAGGUCAUGGAGAACGAGAUACCUCCGGCUGUGGGCAGUUUGCUGAAACUGGCGGGUUGCAAUAUUUACGGUAGAAUGUACCGAGUCGGACGCAUCAUCACGGAACUGUCAGGACCCUGUUUGGAGUGCAGGUGCACGGAAAUUGGAGUACAGUGCAAACAGCUCAAGUGCUGAUCGUCCCCAGGGUACGACACGUCCAGGAACACUUCCCUGUUGCCUGACUUGCCAGGAUAUCGUGGUGGCGGGAUUUUCCCGUGUAAUGACGAUUAAGGAAAUUGUUCAUCGGUUCAAUGCAAGCGCAUACAUGUCGCGGCCUUCUAUUGGCGCUCUAGGAACCCCAGGGACCCUAGGGAAUGCCGGGACACGGAGAGUACCCGAUACGUUCCGCCUGAAAUCCCCAGAGAAUUUAUUAUCGGAUUUAAACGAUGAUGUGGUGGUUAUGAAUGGAAACGUCAGUGGAAAAUUAGUGGAAAUGACGGUUAUUAAUUAAUUAUCCGAAAAAUAUUGCUAAUUAACGGUAUCUAAAUCGUAGAGUAAACGUGGAAGAGGAUAUAAGGAUAUCGUUAGUGCUAGGUUUAGGCUUAAGAACGAUCUCAAUAGAAUUCAAUUUUACCUAGGUAAAUGCAUUCGACGUAAGUCCAGCUCUCACAAUGUACCAGGUGCAUCGGGGAGCAAUGAAAUUCCACAUAGAUUUAAUUCGUUGAGAACCAGUCAAGAGGCCACACACGGAAGCACACCGUAGAAUACGGCAAUAUGGAAACCUAGAAGUACAUAGAAUCAUAGAAGCACGCGCCGUAUACCUUACCUAUUGAUUUAGGAAAUUUUCACCGGGGGGCAAGUUUUGAAUUUUCUGUUCCAUGAGAUGCAGGUAAUUCCGUAAUUGUUCACCCGUCCCAUAGAAUUUAGAAUUAAUUUCAAUUCAUUUAACGUGCGCUCGACUGAAAUACGAGCGUGUAAAGUUGCGAGGCGAGUCGUCUUCCCGGGAGGCAGAAACCGCCCCGGGAGGCUGUCUCGUCCACCGAAAUUAAUGAAUUCGGCGCCCAUUCGAUUUGUUCAAUUCGCGUCUUAAGCUAACGAUCGGUUAAAUACAGUUUAACGGGCGUCCCAUUGAAUUACGAGGAUGUAAAGUCCCGAGUCGAGGGCUCGGCGUCCCGGGCGAAGUAGUAAACGCGACGGAGCGCUCUCUCACUUCCGGAAAUCGCUGAUUGCACGCAGUAUUCAAUUUGUUCGAUCGGCCCGCCGAGCUCGCGAUCAUUUAUACACAACAUAACGCGCGCGUCGAGUGAAAUACGAGCGCGUAAAAGCGUCGAACCAGCGUCCCGCCAUUACGGGCAAAGUAAAAAACGCCGCGGGACGCUCUUAAGCCGGGAAAAAUGGCCGAAUUCACCAGUAUUCGGUUUGUUCAUUCGUGUCCUUACGGGGGCGAUCAUUUUUCUGGAUUUAAACGCGCGCCCGGCUGAAAUACGACCGUGUAAAGUCUCGAGACGACGCGUCCCCCCCAUUAUGGGCGUAGCACUAAAGGCGUCCAUUUUGGAGACUCUUUAAUCAAGGUUAGGCGAUAAGAUAAAAGCCCUCGCUUCGAAUGCCGCAAAGAGGCUUAUACUAUACGUUCGACAAUAAACGUUUAUAUCUUUUA